AUGUCUUUCCCGCAGCAGGAGACGCCCACCGGCUCGCGAAAGCGCGCCCGUGACGAGGCCAGCGAGCCGGGCGACGAGGAGCUCGACCAUCAUAUUCUCAAGUACCAAGCCGCAUGCUCUCCACCAUCUUACUAUCGCUCUGGCGGCGUCAGCAUUGGCAGCAAUUCAGCGGCCGCUCAGGGCAAGUGGCGCAUCCCCCCGGUCCCUCAGUCCGCCCACACAGGCUUCGCGAACUUCAUAUCCUCCUUCCCCAACACCAUUCAACCUGCCCAGUUAGGUCACGGUGAGCGGCAGCAGAUCUACGGCAGCGCGCAGCACAAAUAUCACGUAUCCCAGCAGCUGACCAUCCUCACCCAUUUCCAAAUCGGCCUCCCUCUAGCGAGUGGAGGACAUCCAGCACAUACGGCAUUCGGUUCCAAUGGCCUACCUCCUGUCCAGCAACAAAAGUACCAGGCUAGCAAUUUAGUUCCGAACCAGCCAUACCAGCAGGCGCUACCAAACCAGGCCUCGACUCCAGCCCAGCCUCAGAUGUAUCAACCUACAAGAGCAGAGGCAGACUGGUAUAACACAGCGUCACACCAGCUUGCCCACCCGAUCUCUUACGUACCCCGCAUACCCUACCGCUAUGCUAUGAAACGCAGUGAUUGUAAUACACUGCUCUUCCCGUACGAUGUCUUGAACCUUCGACACCUUGAGCCUAAAGAGCGAUACAUUGCGUACGCCAGGUAUAGCAAUGCCCUCAAAGCCAUUUAUGGCCAGGCCCCGGUUAGACUAGAGACGAAAGUUGCUUUCCAACAGUGGUUGACGAACGAGUCACGCGUCCUACGGGACAACGAAGGCCUAAACUACCAAUACCGUCAGGAGCAAGGGGAUUUAGUAGCGUGGAAGCAGGCUCGCACUCAUGAGUACAGUCUUGCACAGUUAGGCCUGAGCCAUGCCAAUGUCCCCAUCACUAUCGCUGACCCUCAACUUAUGGGUCACCAAUUGUCAUAUGCUCAAUGCGUCCCUCUUCCCUCGCAAGUCCCACCGGGAGCCGAUCCUGGCACUUCCCCAAACAUCAUCAUGCCAAAUGUCAACAAAGUCUCAUACCAAGCUGCAGCUGGUCCUGAAAACAGGUACUCAUCUCCUGAACCAUCUCGAGGCAAAGCCAGGCAGGAGUUGGCGCCUCCAAAUACCGAUUACAGUCCUCCAGCGGCAGCAGGCGCCAAUCAGCAAUCUGCAACCUCACGCGGCACCCUGCCCAAUGGUUCGCCUGCUUCCAUGGGCUACCAGACAUCGACAGCAGCUCUGCCUACCACAGUCACACCCGAGCAGCGACAGCAGUCAUCGGUCCAGAACCACGAGCAAGGCGGAUCCGCCUACGGGAUCACAUCGUCUACUCCAAUUGUGAUCGACGACGAUGAGCCAGAUCAACUCACUUCUAGCUACGCUCAAUAUUCAAUGAUCCUGAAUGCAGCAAUAAAGCGACGUCGCUCAGAUGAGCAAGGUAGAGUGGCCAAGGUUGCUCGAACCGCCUCGUACACCAAGCCGAUCGACCUCACCAACGAUAGCGACGAGGCUGCGACCUCACCUUCACUUCAUGCACCGUCUGCUGCACCUGAAGCUUCAUCUAUCGCGUCAAUUGCUCUUGCUCCAGUUCGCCAGACCUUUGCGAAUUCUGAGAACAUGAAGGAGUUUGAGUCGUUCAAGAGAGUCUGGGACCAGGAGAAGCAGCAGGUAAUUAGCGUUGGGAAACGUAUUAAUAGCCUUCCUGAGACGCUCCGCAAUCGCGUUACCAAUCGCGAGUUCGAUCACAAGGACGCCUGGCUGGCCUUCACUGCAAAACUUCAGACAGAAGAGCGAACGAGACGCAAAAUCGAAAGUGCUAGGCGUGAUAAGCAGGAGAGGGAUGAGAAGCGGAUUGCACAGCAAGAAAGGGACGCUCAGAUUAAGAAGGACGAGAAAGCGAAAACAAAAGCAGAGAAAGAGCGUCAGAAGCGGAAGGAAGCUGAACAGAAAGCACGACAAGAGCAGCGCCGCUUGCAACGCGAGGCGAAGCACAAGGAGGAAGAAGAAAGGGCUGCACAAGCUCAAAAGGAGCAAGAAGAGCGUAAGGCUUCUGCCAAAGAGAAAGAGACACGAGAAUUGGCUGAGCUUUUGGAAUCGGGUCUCGACGACGAGACCCAGGAUGUAGUCUCUUCGAACGGUCAUUCCACCGAAGUCAUCUCUGUUGGCGACGAUGAGCCUGGAGAGCAGGGCAGUCUUGCCAGUGACGAUAAAAUGAGUGAGCAGGGAACCUCGGUCUAUCUACACGGCACCUCAACAGAGACCACUUCUCGUGGUGAUGAAUACGAGGCCGACCUAGACUCGCUGUUUGAGGAAGAGGACAAUAUCGAGCUUGAAAGUCUUUUCGAUGAGGAAGAGGGUGGUGUUAAUACGCCUGGUACCUCCCUUGAAGACGACGAAAUGACUUCAGCGAUAGCCGCCGCCGGGACCUCCGAAACAGUGGGCUUGAAAAAAUCGAGGACUGGUUUGUCAACCGAGCAGGAGUCUGUCCAGGACGAGUAUUCCGACACUGAGAUCCCCAUCAAAGAGGUCUUGGAAGAGCCAAUCGCAGAAGACCGCGAUGGCGAAGAGGACGACAGUGAUGACGAAGAGGAAGACCCGGAGAUGAUGGGCAUCAAAGCCCAGUUGCGAGCUCUGGACGAAGAGAUCGCAAGAAUUGCCAUCCACCUCUCGUCAGCCAAUAAAAUGUUUAAGGCCAGAGCUCAGAAGACGAUCGACAGCCUGCUCGAGAAAAAGCGCUCUUUAGAAAACGAGAUCGCCAGGCUUAUGGAGAACAAGAAGAUGGCCCAAGUCGAGGACGAAGGCGGAUUGUAA